GUUUGCCAGAAUCACUUGCCAAGCUUGCUGAAGAAGACUCUAUUCCGUGUAACACGAGUAUGGAUCCUCUCGUCAGCAGCAGCCAUCUCUUGCCGCGGGCUAACUGCUAAGUUAGUUGUACAGCCGGCCGCCACCACUCGCCGCAGCGAUGGCCAGCCGAAGCCCCCGUAUCUCUUUCCUCCUCCUUCCCCAGCUUCUUUCUCUCCUGCUGCUCCCGUGGGCUUCCCACGCCCGGGACGCCAUCUCGCCGGGCCAGCCGCUGAGGGGCAACGAGACCCUGGUCUCGGCCGGCGGCGGCAGCUUCGCGCUGGGCUUCUUCACCCCGCCGGGCUCCAACAACACCUACCUCGGGGUCUGGUACGCCCGCGUCUCCGUCCGCACCGUCGUCUGGGUCGCCAACCGCGCCGCCCCAAUCCGGGGCCCCCUCGACCACAACGCCCGCGCCGCCCUCUCCGUCUCCGCCGACUGCACGCUCGCCGUCUCCGAUUCGAACUCCACCAUCGUCUGGUCGGCCCCCCCGGCCGCGGGCUUGGGCUUGGGCCGGGAUUGCACGGCCCGGAUCCAGGACGACGGCAACCUGGUGGUGGUGGCCGCCGCCGCCGCCGACGGGGGCGAGGGCGAACGCGUGUCGUGGCAAGGGUUCGACCACCCGACGGACACGCUGCUCCCCGGGAUGCGCGUCGGGGUGGACUUCGAGUCCGGGACCAACAUGACGCUGACGGCGUGGGCCAGCCCUUCCGACCCGUCCCCGGGCCCCGUGGUGGCCGUCAUGGACGUCUCCGGGGACCCGGAGGUGUUCAUCUGGAACGGGGACGAGAAAGUCUGGCGCUCGGGGCCAUGGGACGGCGUCCAGUUCACGGGCGUGCCGGACACCGCCACCUACUCCGGCUUCACCUUCCGCUUCGUCAACAGCGACAGGGAAGUCACCUACAGCUUCCACUUAGCCCCCGGCGCCACCAUCGUCUCCCGGCUGGCGCUCAACAGCACGGGGCUCCUGCAGCGGUGGACGUGGGUGGAGUCGGCGAACAAGUGGAACAUGUACUGGUACGCGCCCAAGGACCAGUGCGACGCGGUGUCCCCCUGCGGCGCCAACGGGGUCUGCGACACCAACGCGCUCCCCGUCUGCGCCUGCCUCCGCGGGUUCUCGCCGCGGCAGCCGGACGCCUGGGCCAUGCGGGAGAACCGCGCCGGGUGCGCGCGCGCCACGCCGCUCGACUGCGCCCGCGCCGGCAAUGGCAAUGGCACCUCCGACGGGUUCACCGUGGUGCCGCACGCCAAGGUGCCCGACACGACGAAUGCCACGGUGGACUUCGGAGCCAGCCUCGACCAAUGCCGGCGCCUGUGCCUGGCGAACUGCUCCUGCGCGGCCUACGCCAGCGCCAACCUCAGCCGCGCGCAGGGGCAGAGGGGAUGCGUCAUGUGGUACGGCGGGCUUGAGGACCUCCGUGUCUACCCCAACUUCGGCCAGGACCUCUACGUCCGCCUCGCCGCCGCCGACCUCGAUUCAAUUAGCAAGUCUAAGAAGAAGGUGCAAGUUAUUACUGCUGUCACGGUCAGCAUCGGCACACUGGCGGUUAUUCUUGCACUUAUAGGGUUCUUCUUUUGGAGAAGAAAGAGGACAAAAUCAAGACUGCCAGGACCAAAUAAAUGGAGUGGUAUUUCACACAGCAGAGGCCUCCAAAGUGAAGGAACUAGUCAUGGGGAUGACCUGGAACUGCCAAUAUUUGAUUUGGAGACAAUAGCAGCAGCCACAGAUAGUUUCUCAACGGACAACAAGCUUGGUGAAGGUGGAUAUGGACCAGUAUACAAGGGUAAGCUUGAGGAUGGAGAAGAAAUAGCUGUUAAAACACUUUCGAAGGCAUCAACACAGGGCCUCGAUGAGUUCAAGAAUGAGGUUAUGCUGAUAGCAAAACUCCAACAUCGGAAUCUUGUUCGACUGCUUGGCUGCUGCAUUUGUGGAGAAGAAAAGAUACUCAUAUAUGAAUACAUGGCAAACAAAAGUCUGGACUUCUUUCUGUUUGAUAAAUCCAGGAGCAUGCUUCUUAACUGGCAAACACGAUAUCGCAUAAUUGAGGGGAUUGCCCGAGGAUUACUGUAUCUCCACCAGGACUCGAGAUACAGAAUCGUACACAGAGACCUGAAGACAAGCAACAUCCUUCUGGACGAGGACAUGAUUCCCAAGAUUUCGGACUUCGGCAUGGCACGAAUAUUUGGAGGCAAUGACUCGGAAAUCAAUACACUUCGAGUGGUUGGCACAUACGGCUACAUGGCUCCUGAGUACGCGAUGGACGGGGUAUUCUCGGUGAAAUCAGAUGUGUUCAGCUUCGGUGUCAUAGUUCUGGAAAUCAUCACUGGCACAAGGAACAGAGGUGUCUACAGCUACUCGAACCACCUAAACCUUCUAGCACAUGCCUGGAGCUUACUGAACGAGGGCAACAGCCUGGAUCUGGUGGACGGGACCUUAAAGGGGUCGUUCGACACCGACGAGGUGCUCAAGUGCCUCAAGGCGGGGCUCCUGUGCGUGCAGGAAAACCCCGAAGACCGGCCCCUGAUGUCACAGGUUCUAAUGAUGCUGGCCGCCACCGACGCCGCCUCGCUGCCGACCCCCAAGCAGCCCGGCUUCGCCGCGAGGAGAGCCGCGGCGGCGACGGCGACGGCGACGGAGGACACAUCGUCGAGCAGGCCCGACUGCAGCUUCGUGGACAGCAUGACCAUCACCAUGGUCGAAGGCCGCUAGAGCUCUAUCCUAUCCUACCGAUCCUCGGAGCGCGCCUUUUGCGGCUCAUGCGAUCGUUGGCUUUGUGUGUGUGCGUGCAAGGCUGCGGAAUCGGGCGUGGUUUUUUGUGGUCUGAUUCGUUCUAGCAUUGGACGGUGAAUGGGGAAUUUUCGUUCGCCCAGAUCGAUGCUGGGGGGAGAAGUCGAGAGGGUUGAGAUUUAUAUCUGUACAGCAAAAUCGAAUCAAUGGAUAAGGUGAGGUUUAAGCUUC